AUGGAGGAAAAUUCAAAGGUCAAAUCUCGUGUUACUGCUCUCACAAGGCCCGACCGCUGGCUGGGCAGCAACCGAUCCCCGGAUGAAAAUGCGCCAACAGGGGAGAGCAAAACAAUGUGGAAUGACUGGAAGUCGUGGAAGAUUAAGCAAACGACAUUGCUGCUUUUCUUGGCCCUUACUGUCUUGCUCAUCGGCGGCAUCAUCGCUUUGAUUGUGGUAUCUAGCGUUAACCAUGGCCUUGCACCCGUCGAGAAUGCCUCCAGAACAGUUGCUGGGGUCGACUGGAGACUCAGCCUGACAUGGACAACCUUACCAUCUCUUCUCUUACAGAUAUAUGGGCUGUGCGUUGCGGCCGUAGUUGAUGCAUUCGGAUUCAGACAGCCAUUUAUUGAGCUUGCUCGGGAUGGAGGAGCCAUCGCCAGAAAGAGUAUUGCAUUGGAUUACCAGUCCUUCUUUCCCGGCCAACGAGACUCUCAGUCCUCUGGCGGCGCACAUGCUGGUCGAGCAAACUCACAGAAAUCAUCAAAGCCCGUCAUUGCUGCAGACUCUACGUUUUACUCAACGACCAGCCUCAAUGAAUCGAUUGACUGGGAUCUUUCGCCUGUAAUAGGAGCUGCAUCAUCAACGCUAGUAUAUGGUGGCAGCUAUCCAAGGUGGUCCAACGGGCAACACGUUUUCCUCAACUUCUCUUCGCCCAAUUUACCUGGCGGCAAUAUCUCGCUACCAAAAAUCGUGGCCACGACACAAGCCUAUUUUGCGAAGCUUGAGUGCCAAACGGUGUCGGGUGUUGGCGAUCGCAUAAUUCGCAUCACAGAUCCUAGCAGUCCUGAUGGGAAUGGUGGCACAUGGUGGCUGAAUGGCACCGACCGCGGUUGCUACUGGAGCACGAACCUUCAAAUCUCCAAUGGCUUCACAACAUACUUGCAAACCUCUUCAAAGGUUACUUGCGGGGCAUACCGCGACUCAAUUUUCAGUGGCCGUAUGAUCAUUGUCGGUGCUACCAAUGUAAACUUCAACAAGACUGUGCCAACCGUUAUCACCUGUAUACCAACGUACUGGAACUCGCAGGCACGCAUCAGCAUGAAUCUCGACCAAGACUCCCGAAGCCCGAUUCUCGGCUUUGAGCUGAAUGAGACAAAAGAGCUCCGGCCUCAAUGGUGGGAUUCUUUUGAGUAUGAACUGAACCAAGUCAAGUCAAUCGACACAACCCUCACAGGGGGCACAAGCGCAGACUCGGCCGCUGGCUUCGGGAGGGUAGUCCUGGACAAUGCUCGCCUCAUCAACAAUGCGAAUGCGAUAUUGGAGGAGACCCUCACGAGCUCUUCGCAGCAGGUCUUUGCAACGGUGUACUCGCUUCUGGUCAACGACUUCAUGAUAAGGCCGAACGAGAGAUCCGUCAACAUUAUUGGCAAUUUAACCUUCACCACGAAUCGAUUGUUUGUCUAUAACAUUUCCGCUUCCAUCAUUCUUGGAUUAUUGGUCUGUGUUGCCAUAUUGCUAAUCAUGAUCCGCAGGUAUACAGAGGGGCACGAUGCAAUGCUGCUCGAGGAGCCCAUUGGGAUCAUCGGUUAUGCAGGAAUAUUGGUGGACAGUGUGGUAAACAAGAUCGCGGCAGCCAUCCGUGGUGGAGCAAAUUACCAAGGAAAGACCACAGAGGAUGCCAUGAAAGUCCUCAAUGCUCGUGAUGGGACAGCUCCGUCUUUUUUCGCGACGUACGAGGAGGACCAGGCGGCGACUCGCAUCGCCCUGCAAUCGAGGGUUUCCGAGAUUGGAUUCAUCGAAAAGUAUUUCCCCUCAAAUGUGGGUGGUCCGGUUCAGCGACCACAGGAUACCAGUCAACCACAACCACGAAAUGUCGAACAAGUGCCGCAGCGAGAACAACAUAUCGAUCGACCACCCCCACAGGAUGGCAACGAGCCAGAACCCCAAAACAUCCAUCAUCCUGAGCCUCGGCCUCUCAAUCAAAGGCAACUGGAUGAUACCAACCAAACAGAAGCGCAGCAUAACAAUCAAACACAGGCGCAAUCUGCUCAUGAGCGACAGUCACGAGGUCCUGAUGAAGCACAGCACCAAAAUCUCCAGUCAGAACUACAAGGCGCUGAUCCAUCCUCGCCAUCGGCUACGGCUAAAUGA